UCGUCUGCUCCCCCGGCAGCUUUUACCCCACACUUAUUCUAGUUUAGCGGUCACGCGGGGACCGAGUGCGGGGCUACGGGGACCUCGUGUUUGUUGUGUUGAUCCCGGUUUUUGUUUAGUUUGUGUGUAUAUAGGUACUCGAAAGGGGGAGGGGGGAGAUUUCACACGCUUAAGCACAUACACACACACAUACACACGUCGAGGUGACGUCGACUGCGCCGCCUCUGGUUUCUGUGGUUGUUUGGUUUUAUUUAGAAAAAAAACCUGGUGGUCGUAGUGAACCACGCAGGUCAGAGGAAGUGAGGAGUAAAACAAUGCGAGAGAAGCGCGGCUAGGUUUGGAAAUGUUCGUCAGGGGCGGAUGAGAGGAGAGAAAAGGGGGAGGCACCUGAGAGACGGAGCAGGUCAGCCUACCGCGGCGUCAAGUUUGCGUUUUAAACGCAGCAGCAACAGCAGCAGAAGCACUACUCCAGUGCAGCUCCAGAGACAUUUGUCCAGUGGAGGAGUCUCCAUCGGAUCCACUCCUGCCGCUGCUCCGAGCCCCACAUUAUGACUACGUGUUGUUGUCACGGACUUUAACUUGUGAGGUGAGCCGUGACCGUCCCCGUCUUUGUCUCCCAGCGCAGCUGCACACACACUGUGGGCAACCCGACCCGUCUGCUCAGACCCCGCACUGUACUCUGAGAAUCAAUGGCUUCUGGCUCUCCGUCGCCCUCUGAAGGCCACAGGCUUAGGCUGCUGGAGUUGCUAUUUGGGCCUAUGUUGGUCCUGCUGGUUUCUGGGCUGGAACCAGCACUGGGUGGGAACGUCUACACCAACACGUGGGCCGUUCACAUUCCCGGAGGCCAGGAGGUAGCCGAUCAAAUUGCCAAUAAACAUGGAUUCAUCAACCACGGACAUGUAUUUGGUGAUUAUUAUCACUUCCGGCAUCGUGCAGUGGUGAAGAGGUCGCUGUCGGUUCACAGAGGGACACAUGUUCGCCUAAUAAAUGAGCCUAAGGUGACCUGGGCUGAACAACAGGUGUCGAAGCGGAGGAAAAAGAGGGAUAUUAACACGGAACCUACAGAGCCUUCAGAUCCCAAGUUCAGAGAUCAGUGGUAUCUGUACAACAGCAACGAGCGUGACUUAAAUGCCAAGGCUGCGUGGCAGACGGGCUACACAGGUAAAGGUGUGGUGGUGUCCAUCCUGGAUGAUGGAAUAGAGAAGAAUCACCCCGACCUGAUGCAGAACUACGACCCGGACGCCAGCUACGAUGUGAAUGAUGGCGACCCAGAUCCUCAGCCUCGAUACACGCAGCUUAAUGAUAACAGGCAUGGAACACGUUGUGCUGGAGAAGUGGCUGCAGUCGCCAACAAUGGAAUCUGUGGAGUCGGCGUGGCCUACAAUGCCAAGAUUGGAGGUGUGCGCAUGCUGGAUGGUGAGGUGACCGACAUGGUGGAGGCCCAGUCUCUCAGUCUUAAUCCCCAACACAUUGACGUCUACAGCGCCAGCUGGGGCCCAGAGGAUGAUGGGAAAACCGUAGAUGGACCUGCCAAACUUGCCAAAGAAGCUUUUCUGCGUGGAGUGACCGAGGGUCGUGGUGGUUUGGGAUCUAUCUUCGUGUGGGCCUCUGGAAAUGGAGGCAGGGAGAAGGACAGCUGUAACUGUGACGGCUACACAAACAGCAUCUACACCUUGUCCAUUAGCAGCUCCACCCAGAACGGCAACGUUCCCUGGUACAGUGAGGCCUGCUCCUCCACGCUGGCCACCACCUACAGUUCUGGGAACAUCAAUGAGAAACAGAUUGUGACGACAGACCUGAAAUCAAAAUGCACAGACUCCCACACAGGAACCUCUGCCUCUGCGCCGCUGGCUGCCGGGAUCAUCGCUCUCGCCCUUGAGGCAAAUAAAAACCUGACCUGGAGGGAUAUGCAACAUCUGGUUGUGCGAACUUCUCACCCUGCCCACCUGCUCACCAACGACUGGAGAACCAACGGGGUUGGACGCAAAGUCAGCCAUUCAUAUGGAUACGGUCUCCUUGACGCUGGUGCGAUCGUGUCCCUGGCGCAGACGUGGAAGAACGUGGGGCCGCAGAGGAAAUGUGUGAUCUCCAUGGUCACUGAGCCGAGGAACAUCGGCAGCCACUUAUCAAUCAACAUGAGCGUGGACGCUUGCACCGGCACAGACGCUCACGUGACCUCAUUAGAGCACGUGCAGGCUCGACUCACCCUGACAUACAACCGCAGGGGAUACCUGGCCAUCCACCUCAUUAGUCCUGCCGGCACCCGCUCCACACUGCUUCACCCCAGACCUCAUGACUAUUCAUCAGAAGGUUUUAACGACUGGGCUUUCAUGACCACCCACUCCUGGGAUGAGAACCCCACGGGGGUGUGGAGGCUGGAGAUUGAGAACGUGGCUGGAGCCAACGACUAUGGAACUCUGACCCAGUUCACUCUGGUGCUGUACGGCACCGGCUCGGCGUCUCAGAGCACGACUGAAAAGCCGCAGACUGUCACCAGCAGCUGUAAGACCCUGGACCUGAGGCAGAUGUGCAUCGAGUGCGACACGGGCUACUUCCUCUUCCAGGAGAGCUGUGUGGACGAAUGUCCGGCGGGUUUCUCCGUGGGCUCCAAACCCCUCAACUACACCGUGGGCAACUCCAUAUCGCCGUCUUCCGUCCCGGCCUGCCUUCCCUGCCCGGAGCCCUGCCUGACCUGCAGUGAGCUCAGCCCUCACUCCUGCCUGUCCUGUCCUCCUCACAGUUUCCUGGACUCCGUCUCCAGCACGUGCGUGCACCUCAACCAGUACCUGCGCGAGUCCCCGGGCACCUUCAUGACCAGCCAGGGCAACACGGUGGUGCCGGCGCAGCCGGGCUCGCAGCUGCCGCUCACCGUGGCCGUGCUCAGCUGCGUUGCCAUCAUCGCCACCUUCGCCGGCGUCUUCCUGCUGCUGCAGCUGCGCUCAGGCGCCGUCAUCAAGCUGCCGUCGCUGGAGGCGGGCGGCGGCCUGGGCGGCACCUUCAGCCUCGGCGGCAGCAGGGUGGUGUCGUACCGCGGCAUCCCGACAGUGUGGGGGGAAGACGGCAUAAACACAGACUCGGAAAACGAAGAGUUUGACGUCCACAAUGAGAGGACUGCCUUCAUCAAAACACAAAGUGCUCUUUAAUGCCUCCCCCACAUCCCUUCCUUUCUCUGCGGCUUUUAAAAACCUGUCAGUCCCGCUCUCCUGAUAAUUCCGGGCUGUAACUGGGGUAACUGUCUCUUCCCAGUCUUUUUCCGGUUUUACCACUCAUCCCUUCUUCUUCUUCUUCUCCCACUGGGUCUUUCGUCUUCGUCACUCUGCUGUGGGAGGCCUGACGGGAAGCUGCUGUGCUGGGAUGGCCCAAGCUUUGCUUUGUUCACACUUGGCCGCAUUUCUAUUAAAACUCUCUCCCCCUCUCUCUCUCUCCCUCUCUCUCCCUCUCCCUCUCUCUCUCUCUCUCUCUCUCUCUCUCUCUCUUCCUCCCUGUUGCCCUCGGUCACCACCAGUUGUCUGUGCAGAGUCCAUUUUCCCCCUCCAGCUCCUUUGUGCUCUUUUGUUACAGUAAACAAAUGAUUAUUGUUUGCUUUCUUUUCUAUUUCCCUCGUUCCAUCAGUCUCUGUGCAGUAGCCAGACGAGAUUGCUGAAUGUGAAGAAGCAGAGAAGCACGUGUGUGUGUGUGUGUGUGUGUGUGUGUGUGCGUCUGUGCGCGUGUGUGUGAGAGAAUGAGAGCAUUAUGUAAAUCUGAACAGUGUCGUGUCCUUUACAGACGAGACGAGGAAGCCAUCGCUUUUACGACUCGGACAAAAAUCAGUGACACAAGGAGUGUUUCCAUUUCAAUUUCCAUUUGCGCGUCAUAAAAAAAACAACAACAGCCAAUUAGAAAAAAGUCUUGAAAUUUCACAUUAAAGUUUUGACAUUUUGUUGAUGAAAAAUCGACAGUUUUAGUCGCAGGGAAAACAUGCGUAAACAGCACCGGGAAAAUAACGAAAACUUCCAUUUAGUGCAAGUAGCAAAUAUUACUGCGAUAUUCUGAGACUUUUACACCACCUACUGGUGAUCUUGGCAAACAGCAGUCAAUGGAAACAUGAAUAAAAAAGUGCUUGUUUUCUUUGACAGAAUCUUUGAAAAUUCGGUCAAAAUCUGCGUCACUUUUGAAUCGGAUUCUCUCCACUUUAAUGUCGCGGUUCCCAAGUGCAUUUAAAAAGUGUUUUAUUAUCUGUUUAAUUUGCUGUGGAUGUGGCGCACGCGUACGUUUUCUGCAGCGUCACAACAAAAACAACAACAAGCAACAUUUUCGUCGUCCUAAAUCACCGCUGGAAAGAGUUUAAAUCAAACGUAGAAUUAUAAUCACACACACAGUCUGUCAGUGAUAUUUAAAACCCACAAAAGUCCAUUUAAUCUCAAGUGUGCGGCGUCUUCACAACACGCUCACAGCUUUACCUUCCUGUUAAACAUGCAACAGGAAAGUGAAGUUGGUGUCACUUUAACAACUCUCUCUUCACAGGAUGCAGGAGUUUGUCAAUCCACUGCUGACUGUGAUGAUACAAUCAGUGGUUUUGUGUUCAACUCUGUGUUGGACAGAUUUUGAUCAGAAAUCUCUGUUUUUGUCAAUGGACUUUGGUGUGAAGAGUCAUUUAGAUAAUUGAUAAAAAAAAAAGAACCCAUUAACCUGUUUUUUACCUCAGAGAAACCUUUAGUCUCCUGCUGCCUUUUCUUCCUCUGUGUGUGAAAGACUUUGUUUAUUUCAACCCAAGUAACACAAACUUUCAGACGAGAGCAGCAGCAGCAGCAGCAGCACGAGCUCCGCUGUCCCCUGAGCUAAAAUAAUUGCUGUUUUUUUUGUCAAUGGACUCGGGUAAAAAGUGAGUUUACGAAGCCUCGCGAUCAUCGCUCUCCUGUCGGGGGCCAAAAUAAAAGUGGGUCUCACUUUAAGCUGACAUGGAUUUUAUGAGGUGAAACACUUUAUUUCCCCUGUUGUCCAACAGUGGCAGCCGCAUUCUCCCCGCGUGUGCCCGGCUGUUUCUGACAGAACGACUGUUCAGUAGAAGAAUCGAAUUCAAAAACUCUCCAACUCCGAGUUCCGUCCGAUUGAGAGCGCCGACGACACGUGAACUCAUCAUCACGACUCAUAUCAUAAAGUCUGCUUGUGUGUGUGUGUGUGUGUGUGUGAAGUGAAGUGAAGAAGCUCUUUUUUUCCUCCCUCGUCCCAGUUUCUCCUCCUUUUUUUUAAAUCCAAAUCUUGUCCUCAUCUCUGAGCUCUAAUCUGAACCUCACACCGUCUCCGGCGACACUCGCCUAACUCAUCACAUACUGAAGCAAACGACUUAUGCUGAAAACAGGUUUAUAAUCCGACCCUGAAAGGACGCGGUCGCUCCGUUUCACCUCGUGGUUGAAUCCACCGCGGCCAUUUUGAGUCUCUCUCUUCCCUUCUUCCAUGUUGAAAUGAUGAAAUAUGGUUAUUUACUCUCACUCCAUCCCUUUUCUCUACAGCAAUGAGAGCUUGCUGAGAGAGAGAGAGAGGUUGUCAUGGCGAUGACAUGCAUACAACACUGCAGCUGCUCAUCCAUUCAUCUACCUCUCAUAAUAACCGUGUCACUGGGCGAGGUCUUCGCGUGCCGUCAGAGGAGCUGGUUCACGCCGUGCGUUUGGAAUCCGUGUUUUAAUAGAGAGGAAAAACGUAAACGAGCAGAUUUUUGCAAUUCAGAAACUGUAAAAAGCUGCUGUGCUGAUUCCACUUCCUCCCGACGCGUCUUAUUGGCCUUCGCCAGCUUUAAAAAAAAAACAACCUUUUUCAUGAAAUAUGAAGGAAUCGUCCAGUUUUUUGUUUUUUUUUUAAGUCGAAGGGUUUUGUUUUUUCUCCUCUCACCUCAUUCUGUCUCACAUUUCCACCUGAGGGCUAAGACCUGAUUUCUCUCCUUCCUUCCUUUCCUUUCCUUUCCUUUACUUUUUUAUUUCUCUGUCACUGACAAUCACUUUUUUUCCUCUCGUUUUGUGGGUUGAGCUGCACAAAAGCACACGAAACAAAAUCAAUUUUAAUUUAACCACGUGUUAGGAAGCCUUCCCAGAAGGAGGUUAUUUUACUAGUAAAAAUAGGUUGAAAGUGUUUCCAGAGAGGAAGAAAGAACACAUAUAUAUAUAUAUAUAUAUACGGGAGUCGCACGUCUGUGUCUGUUUCUCCUCUCGUUUAAAAAACAACAAAAACAGAUUUGUCUCUGAAGGCCUUCUGCAGGUGCAGCACAUUUUGGUUUUAUCUCUGCAGUUUCAAACAUUAAAUUGGAUUAGAAAGCGACC